UGUUUCUGUGGAGUAAAAAACAUAUCUGACACUUGUAGUGCUGAACUGUCUCCACUGGAUGUCAUUAUACAACAACGUAUAACCAAAUGUUACCUUCUCCCCCUGUCUACACAGAUACAUAAACACAAAUACAGGCAAGCACACACACGUGCUAAACAUACUCUUACACAAUAUAAAGCUACUUUCAGCCAGUCACGACUUUCUUCUGUCUUUAGGUCUACAUUUCUCCUCUCCCAUCAUUGAGAGAUCAGCAUGUGUGCAUCACAUCACACCGACAGGCGGCGCUGCUCCUGUGAGAUCUCGCAUGGCUGUGUGUCUCAGCAGGAGUCUGGUCCUCUACUACGCACAGAGCAAGAGAUUAUGUAAUGUUUACUAUUGUGGGACUGUCUUUCGCAAGGUUGUUUGUUUUCUCUUCUUCUAUGCAGAGGUUAAAGGUCACAAUGCAGAUGGCAUAUAUCAAAGUGAUCACACGUGCACGAUGCCCCUCUCACGCACGUGCCAACAUCUAAAACAUUUUGCCGUCAGCACCGAGCACUAGUGAGUCUCCACCGCUGCCUGUAAGUUACAAACACGGGGUUAGCCGAGUUUACACCAAACCACGCCCCCUCAGUUCAGCUGGUGGCAACACUCGUGAUGACAUCACCGCCUCGUGCACCCAUUGGCCAUGAGACGUCGCACACCUGUCCAAUCGCCUGCCGGUGAAGUGACGCCAGCAGAGGCGAGUCCCGUUCACUUUCAGUGGUAUGGGCGGGGCGGAGAAAUCACCUACGUCAGAGUGAGCUGGAUUCUGCGCUGUGAUUGGAUGAUAGCGGUGAAAGUGAGCGUCUGUUGCUGAGAGAAAAGGGAGAGGGAGAGCUUUUACAAGGGGCACCAAUACGUCCGCUGCACCACACGAGAGUUGUUCAGCUCUGAAAGAAACUUUAUGAAGAUGCACUCAUGCUUAUUUUUCUCCCAUGUCAGUGCUUUUACUCUAAAUAAUAAUACAAAACAGCAGAUGCAACAGUUUGGAGGGUGGGCAAAAGACUAGGACUACUGCAUCGUGAUGCUUUAAUCCUACUGCACCAACCUUUAUUUGGACACGUAUAAGAGUUGAUGCAUUAUCACCGUCUGCUCAAGGAUAGCGUUUGUGCUGUCAAUUAUGGUAAACAUACUCCUUUGCAGAAGGGGAGGGGACAUUUGUGCCUUUCUAUUGGCUCUUGGUUAUUUGCUCCCUCCUCUCGACCCUCCCUCAUGCUGUUCCUAGGGUUCCCAAAGCUCUUAUUGGAUACUGUAAAGUUUGGGACAGGACACCGGUCUAGCUAAGCUUCCUCGUCGCCAUUGGCUGGGUGGCCCCGUCUGUCAGGUAGACUUUGACAACCCGCCACGCCCUCUGGUAUGUGGCGCCGAUACUGAUUGGGUACUGUACCUGUCAGCGACCUCUGAUUGGUCGGCUCACCCAGCUGUUAGUGGUUCAUUCACCAUUUUGUGACUGUAGUGGAAAAGAAGAGCGAUAGUUUUUUUGUAUCCUUGUUUGAGUUUCUGUGGGAGAAAGAGAUGAUUUGCGGAGGAAAAGUAAAGUGUGAGUCUAGACCGCACAGUCAUCAAAGCCGACAGCAAAGGGAUGUUACGGAGAAUUGUGCGAGCCUCCUCAUCAGCAAAAUAAGACCCUACAUUUUUCUCUGGGAGGGGAAAAUCUCUCUUUAGGUGAGUUGAAACUAAGUUAUCAAAAGACAGUGAAGCUCAAAUGACAUGAAAUUUCCAUUUCAGAGGCAACGAGUUGAGAAUUAACUGCCAGCGGUCGGUCGGUUGUUCCGAUGCCGUAAGAAGACAUGGAUCGACACCGCUUUCGAGCCGAGAGAAAGAAGGGGGGCGGUGUAACAGCCUAAAACUUUCUCAAAUGUUUUUGCGCAGUCCCACGGACGACCAAGAAUCAUUUGGGCUCCCCUCGGAUGGUGUUACAGUAUUGUGCUUAAUGUUGAGUACUUUUUCUUGACCUUAGUUUUCGAGUUUUGCGCGGAGCAGCACUAGCGUAGUAAAAACAAUCGACCUAUUUGCAGCACUGCAGCCCAAAUGUUUACUAAUAGCUACGCAAGCUAAUCUUGAUGUUUAUCAUCCACUUUCCUUGUUGUCUGGCUAACGGUGUCAUUAUAUGGGCACUAUCUGCUUCCGUUGCGUACUACGACUACUACGACCACCACUACUACUAAUGUUACUGAGCUGCUUACUAGAGCGAAACAGCAACAUGGGAAAAUUACAGCUUUUUCCAAGUUUGAAAAUCAUAUGACCAGACUGUCACCCUACAGGCACCAUGAAGGGAGCUUCUGUGGCGUGGACUGCAAUACAGAGGACAGAAGGAGAGAAACACAGGACAAGAGAAGGUGGAGAAAGACAAAAAUAAAAGGAGUGCCUUAGAAGUGAAAAACUAGGAGUGCCACACAACCUGCAGCACUUUUGGAACAGCAAAGAAGAGAUGAGACCACUGAAGAAACACAGAGGGCGUUCUCCACCGUUAACUAGAGGCAGAGGGGGGAGAAGGAGAGGGAGCUCUCAGUCCCUUCAAGAAAAAGACCCCAAAAGAGUCAAGAGGGAGACACUCGUCAAAACCACACAGCACACACCCAGCACGCCCUCCACAUGCAAACAGACCCCACCCACAGCCACCAACUCUGACAAAGAACCAGUCACAAACAGCAAUACCCCCACGAAGGAGGAGUCCGCUGAACCAAGGGAACCUGUGGAAUCAUUUGAGAAAGAUGGAAAGAAACUAGAGGAAAAGACCAAAAAUGAGAAGAUGUUGGGCACAAAUGGAAAAAGUGCUAUGUCCACUGAUAUUGUAGUAUUUUCUACCUCUACUCCAGCACCACUGUCCACAGCUACACCACCUCUGGCCGCCCAUCACAGCCCCAGCUUAGUCUCAGUCUCUAGCAGGAAAACAGCCACAUUUAAAGCUCGCAUCCCCAAGAAGAAAUAUACAUAUGAGCACUUUGCUCACAGUGCAAGUGCCCUGACUACCAUUCCUACCUCCAGCCCUGCACUCACACACAACACUUACUGCAACAUUAACAGCAAAAUCAUUGAUAGUGUGAAUACGCCCAGUAAUAAUUUCAAGAGCAGCAACAAUAUUAGUAAUAGCGUUAAUAAAAGCAUUAAUGUUGGCAUCAAUAGUAGUAACAGUAACACUACAAGUGGUGUUAACAACAUGACUAAUAGUAGAGCUGGGAGCCACAGUACCUUUGUUAAUAGCAGUAAUAAUAGAAGUAAUAAUUGCUCAGGUAAUCAGCUGUCAGUACUAACUGUAGAUAGUAAAGUUACAGAAGCAAACCAUUUUGUCUCCACAGAGCAUAGGCCCCUCAGGACAGCAGACCCCCAGGAAAAGGAGUCCCAACCAGGUGAAAAUGAGUCAGAGGGGGCCCCUAACUCGGUGCGCUCCUCAUCCACUGAUACAGCUAGUGAGCACUCAGCUGACCUGGAAAUGAUAGAAACCGCAGGACAAAGCCUCCAUCAGAAUAACUCCCAGAUCUCAGCUGACCUCUAUAGUUCACACCCUAAAGAUACCAGUUUGUCUGAGGGGCUAGCUGAAGUUCUGGCCAAAGGCUUGAAGAACCAGAGAGUCCUGGCUCGUCAGAUAACAAGGAUCAUGGACAGUGGGGUUGGGGCUCCAGGGGGCAGAGCAGUUAAGGAGAGAGACUUGUGCCCUCUGUCACCUGUGUUCAGACCGGGUGUGGUGCGUAGGGUGAGUGGAGGCGCUGUUGAAGUCCAGCUCCAAGGAGAGCAGGCCCUUGUUAACUACCCUUUCCCUGGUGAAGGCGUGAUGACAUCGUCAUCAGGUGCUGAGAACAGAGUGGAGUUCAUUUUGGAUGCCCCCCUACCUGGCACAGCACCUGUGGCAGUCGGGACCCGAGUGUGUGUGCCCUUUGGUGGAGAGGAGGGGGUUCCUCUGCUGUACAGAGAGGGGAUUAUCACUCAAGUGGACCCCCACCCCGGUGUCUCGUUUCCUUACCUGGUGCUCCUCAGUGAAGACAGAGAGACUUUGGGUGAUGGACAAGUGGGGGAGGAGAAAGAUAAAAGGAAAACUAACGGUCAGGCUGUGUGGGUGUCCCGACAAAACCUGAGACUGCUCAGUCCUCCCUGGGAAGUUCCACAUUUGGACGGUGGGAGGGAAAAGGAGAGAGAACGGGAGAGAGAAAGGGAAGAGAGGCAGCAGAAGGAGGAGAUGGAAGUAGAGAGGGAAGUGUGCCAGUUGAGUAUUGGAAUGGGGGUGCUGGGAAGGGGGUUGAGCCAUGGUUUUUCACAUGAAGGAGGUGCAGGAGGUCAUCCCUAUGGAAAUGUACAUCCACCUCCCCUGUCUUCCUUUAUGACUUCUGGUGUAGUGACCAGCACAGUUCAUGGCUGCAGAGAUAACUUCUCUGACAGAGAGAGACACAAACAACCAAACACUCCAGAAGAAGACGCAGAAGUAUCUUGUUUUAAUAUGGGCCUCACUGUUAGUCCCAAGUCAAAUUCUGGGACCUCUCAGCACAGAAAUAUCAUCUCCAAGUCCAGUGGCUAUCCCUCCUCCUCCCACCUCUCUGUGGUGCGAGGUCUGGGACCCCCACACAUCUCGACUCUCACUAGUCCUCAGCCAUCGCCUUCCCCUGCUUUACUGGGGUCUGAAAUAAACAACACUACUCCAAACCUUCUUUCAUCCAAAACCACUCCCACUCAGACCCCUACUGUCACUUCUGGUGGGGGAUCCUCCUCUACCUCCUCUGCUCGCUCUAGGACUCCCCUAUCAUUGACUCAGCAGAAAUACAAGAAGGGUGAUGUGGUCUGCACCCCUAAUGGUAUCCGUAAGAAGUUUAAUGGUAAGCAGUGGAGGAGGCUGUGCUCCAGAGAGGGCUGCAUGAAGGAGUCUCAGCGUAGAGGAUACUGCUCUAGACACUUGUCCAUGAGGACCAAAGAGAUGGAGGCAGCAGGGGGAGAGAGCUCAGGGACAGUUACCCCCUCUGACCUGAGAGGCAGAGCCAGUAGUGAGUUUGAAUGGGACGACACAUCAAGAGAGAGCAGUGAGACCAGUAGCAGAGGAGACUCCAGACCCCGCUUAGUCCUACCCUCCCUCCUCCCCCAUGAGCUGUCGUCACGCUUUGACUUUGAUGAGUGUGAGGCCGCUACUAUGCUUGUGUCAUUAGGGAGCUCCCAUUCUGGCACCCCUCCCUUUUCUCCCAUCUCCAACCAGUCGCCAUUCUCCCCUACCCCCUCUCCCUCACCCUCCCCGCUGUUCGGCUUCAGGCCGGCAAACUUCUCCCCAAUUACAGCCUCCCCAGUCCUGCAACACCGGAGGCACAGGCAGCCCAGUGGUACGGGGGGAGCAGGGGGAGGGGGCAGUAAGGCAACAACCCCAGCUGGAGGAGGAGAAAGAGAGAGACACACUUCAGGCAUCCAGCCCAGCUUCCACAGCAACCUGACCUUUACUGUGUCCAUGAGCCCCAGCAAACGAAAGCCAGACGCACCUCCUCCACCACCCCUCCCUGCACACCACCAUGAUUACACACCCAAGACAGAGCUGGAGCAGGGGGACCUCAAUAACUCUUUCAGGGUGCUGUCCCCUCAGACACCGGCUUCACAUUCCCACACACACACCCCCACCUUCUCUCGACCCAGGGGAGUGACCACCCCCUCUUCCAGUAGGCCUCCAUCCUCCACUGCUGUCUCCCCUCCUCCUCUGCUUAUAUCUUCAACUCCUCCUUCCCCUCUCACUCCCGACGGGGGGGCUCGUCGUGUGGUCCCUGUGUCCCAAAAGGCCUUACGGGACUCCCCUGUCAUUGUGAGGAAUCCCGAAGUCCCACUGGCAAAAUUCACAGAAUGUCCCAUGGGAAGAGGAGUAGGAGGAGGAGGUGGAAAUGAGGGAGGGACAGAUAACACCUCAUCUAAAGAUGCCAGCCAAACACCCUUUAACCCUCCUCCAAUUGCUGGCCUCCAGGUUCCUGUCCCCAUUAAUGCCGCUGCAGCUACAGUACCCAAUGGUGCUGUCCUCUUGCGAAGCCCAGGCCAAACUCUAGUGCUUGUGUCCCCGACGCCCUCCUCCCUGCCCACCACUGACACCCACCUGCAGGCUCUGUCAGUUACCGUCAGCACAACAGUCACAGCUCCCACUCCCAGUAGCACAGACAGCUCUGGAGAACGAGAGCAGAAUGGGGGGACAGGGUUUGGGGGUGAAGUCCAGCAGCCAGUUCCCUGUCACCCCUCUCCCACCGCACUGCUGCCCCUGAUCCUGCCAGCGGAAAGUCUUCACCCCGUCCCACGAAAGGACAUCAUCAUGGGACGUCCUGGCACAGUGUGGACCAAUGUAGAGCCCCGGUCAGUUCCCGUCUUCCCUUGGCAUUCAUUGGUCCCUUUCCUUGCACCCACCCAAUCAGAUGCCUCUUCUCAGCCGGGAGAGGCCCAGCACCCAGUCAGCCACCCUCAAGCAGCCAGUCUGAAGACAGAAUGUCAGAGGGUGGCAGCGCAGACACUGGAGCCUGCAGAGGCACCUCCCGCUGUAGAAAGAUGUCCCCCAUCUCGGCCUCCCCCCUCUUCUGAUGAACCACUUCCAGAGAAGGAUAAAGGAGAUGCAGAGAGGGAGAGGCCUGAUAGCGAGACAGAGAGUGAUGUGGAUGACCCCUUCCUCCCAGGAGUUGUACCAGAGCAGUCUCUCUCUACAUCACCAGUAAAGAGACGCACUCAGUCUCUCAGCGCAUUGCCGAAAGAUGGAGACAAGAGCAGUCCUGGAAAGAGGGAGAAGGACCAUAUCCGGCGACCGAUGAAUGCAUUUAUGAUUUUCAGCAAGCGCCAUCGAGCAUUGGUGCAUCAGCGACAUCCAAACCAGGACAACAGGACUGUCAGCAAAAUUCUUGGGGAGUGGUGGUAUGCUCUGGGACCCAAAGAGAAACAGAAGUACCAUGACUUGGCCUUCCAGGUGAAAGAGGCCCACUUUAAGGCCCACCCAGACUGGAAGUGGUGCAACAAAGACAGGAAGAAGUCCAGCUCUGAAGGCCGUGGGGUCCCAGGGGGCAAAGACAUCAGAGAGAGGAGCAUGUCUGAGUCCACAGAGCCCCACUCUGUGGAACUGAAAGGGGUUGGCCCAGGUCUGGUAGGUGCAUCCGAGCGGAGUGCAGGAGAAGGUCAUGCAGGCCAGCUUACCCGUCCCCGCGCCUUCUCUCAAAGUGCUGUGCACAGCCUGGAGCGGAGUGACAGGGGUAACACACAGGCCCUGACAGAAUUGGCACAGAUGUGUGGAGAUGGAAGCAGUCAAUUUUCAAGUCAUGCUCCACCUCUGUCACAUUCCCAGCGUGGUGUCAGUGAAGACAUGACCAGUGAUGAGGAACGCAUGGUCAUCUGUGAGGAGGAGGGAGAUGAUGAUGUCAUUGAGGACCCUUAUCCUAGCAGUUCCAUAGACCUCAAAUGUAAGGAGCACGUGACUGACAGUGAUAGUGAGAAUGGCUCUGGAGAUGAAAGUGAUCAAAAGAGAGUUUUUGCGCCAGUUAUUUGCUCCACUACAUCAUCAUCUUCCUCACACAAUACCCCUCAUGGCAGGAGUGCGUCACUGUCCUCCUACCCCACCAGCAAACGUUAUGAUGAGGGGAGAUCAGGAGGUGUAGGGUUUUCAGAUCAUAGGAGGAAGGAAAGAGGAGAGGGAGAGGGUAAGGAUACAUUUGGAGGAGAUGGAGGAGGGGGAGUGCAAGCUCUUUCUCUCUCCCUCUCUUCUAGCCAGUCAGUCAUCUCCACGUCUCCAGCUGGAGGGCCUCCGUCCUCAUCAGUAGGGUCACUUGGUGCAAACCCACUCCUGGGCAUUGGCGCUGUGAGGGUGGCCUCUACAGUGGUGACCAAUGUUAUGCGUCCUGUUAUCAGUACACCACUCCCCAUCACCAGCAAACCCAGAGAUGGAGGCACUUCUUCCAGCCCACAUCCUCCAGAGAGGAAGUCUCUGACUUCCCAGGGGCAGACACAACUUCUGAUUGGUUCAGGGUCAGGAGGCGGGGCAGCAACCACCGGGGGUGGGUACUAUUCUUCAUCAUCUCCUAAUCCUGUAGGUGGAGGUGUGGGCCCAGGUGGUGUAGUGACUAACUUGGUUUUAGGAGGAGCUCUGACUGCUCAAUCUGCUGUACAGCUCAUUACCCCCUCCCCCCAGCCUCAGCCCUCCCAGCAGCAGGCCCUUCCUUCCACCACUGUUUCAGCACUGCACAGCCAAACCAAUGGGCCUCUGCCUCUUCCCCUGCUUCAGCCACAGUUCCUUCCUGCUUCCUCCCUGGCACCCCCUGGGAGUAAGGCCAUCACACAAGUUCAGUACAUCCUGCCCACCCUACCUGCUAGCACCAACCCAAAGAGUCCACCUCAGCAGCUCAACCAGCCAACCAGUAUCUUGCACCUGCCCACAGCUCCACCCGCACAUGCGUCCUUGGCCAAUGGAAAGCAACAGGGUACAAGUUCACUAACAGGAUAUACAUCCAGCCCUGCAAUGGGAGUGGUCAGCCCAGGAACUAGAGUGCAAACACAGUCUCCGGUGCUCCAGGGUAAAAUGCUUGUUCCCAUGGCAACAGUACGGACUGCACCAGCUGCUGCCCAACAGUUUCCCAUUGUGGGUCCACCACUUCCUGUGCAGAAUGGUGCUCAGACCGGAAGCAAGAUCAUCCAGAUUGCUCCCAUGCCUGUGGUCCAGUCCCAGCUGCCUCAGGGUGGAGCAGUGCACCCUGCCAGCCCCUUCCCUGUAACAGUGGGCACAGCUGCUGUGGUGGCUCCAGGAUCAGCCCCCUCACAGGCUGUACUACUGCCACCAGCACCGACCAGGAUCACCUAUGUCCAGUCCACUCCAGGGGUCUCAUCCACUCUGCCUCUAGUCUCCACAGCAACAGGCUCUUCCCCCACCCAGCAAGCUCUGCCAGUGCCUGGAUCUGCAUAUGUUCCUUCGCCCCUGGCAACACUCGGGUUCACAGCCAUCGCACCACCUGGACAGGCACUUGUUCAGCCACUGGUUGCAGGUCAGCCACCGCUCCUGGCCACAGCUCAGUCUCCGCAGCCCUCCACUUCAGCCCCUGCCUCAGGCUCUGGGACUCAGAUAGUCACCGCUCUCUACCCUCCUUCACCUAGCGUCACUAUGGCAACAGGGGUGGUCUCCAUGACAGCAGUGCCUCCCAGCGUGGUCUACUCUGUCUCCAGUCCUUCCAGUGCUUCCCCUCACAUCCUGCCCAAACACACACCAUCUCCUGCCACAAUCACGCACCCACAUCCAGACAGACAGGCAGACAGACACCUGCCUACGGACAGACCUGCAGAUGGACAAACUGACAGGCAGUCUGAGAGGCAGACAGAUUUGCUGACGCAUUUAGACAGACAGCUUGAGAGGCAGAUGCAGACCUCCAGCAGUAGUAGCUCAGUGGCACCACCCAGUGGCUCAGCUGUGUCCAUAAGGGCCUGCAGUCCUCCGCUUCAGAUCCAAACACCUGGUAGCACACCAGGUACACCCAAACUAACUCCACUUCCAGUCAGAACACCUCAGAAAGUGAAGGCAACAGUGGCAAACAUCCCUGUAGGCAGCUAUGAAGGAGGAGGGAGAGGAAAGGAGAAAGAGCGGGAUAAGGAGAGGGAGCGAGAGAGAGAAGCUACAGCCAACAGUCAUUUCUCCUUUGAUCCUGAGCCAGCAGGCCAGACGAGGUCUCCUUCAACACAUCCUGCUGAGGAUCUGCCGUCUUCUGACAGACACCUGGAGGGUGCUAGCGCAGGGGAUUCCUCUGACACAAGGAACAGGGAAAGCACAAGCACCAAAGAGGCUGGAUGGAAGGAGUCCCUCCCCUCCUCUCCUCUCCCACCUCCAUCAGCCACAGAGCCUGUCCUGCCUCCUCCACAGACUGAUAAAGAUGGUCCUACACCCAAAAAGGUCAAAGCUCGCCCACCACCACUCAAGAAGACUUUUGACUCUGUGGACAAGUCUGGCAGGGUGCUGUCAGAGGUGUAUUUUGAGGAGCGGUUUGCCGAGCUGCCAGAAUUUCGCCCUGAGGAGGUUUUGCCUUCACCCACGCUGCAAAGUCUGGCCACUUCACCCCGUGCCAUUCUAGGCAGCUAUCGCCGAAAGAGGAAGAACUCUACAGAUUUGGACUCAGCAACUGACGAUCAAGUCUCUCCUAAAAGAAAGAGUCGGCGGCGCUCAAGCUGCAGCUCAGAGCCCAAUACGCCUAAAAGUGCUGCCAAGUGUGAGGGAGACAUCUUCACUUUUGACCGAGCAGCUACAGACAGUGAAGACAUCCUGGCAGAACUGGAGUUUGAUAAGGUGCCGUACUCUUCCCUACGACGAACACUGGACCAGAGGAGGGCACUGGUCAUGCAGCUGUUCCAGGAGCAGGGCUUCUUUCCAUCAGCUCAAGCCACUGCAGCCUUCCAGACGAGAUACUCCGACAUAUUUCCCACAAAGGUGUGUCUGCAGCUGAAGAUCAGGGAGGUCCGGCAGAAGAUCAUGCAGACAGCUGCUCCCUCUGAUGCCUCUGGUUUAGGUGUCUCUGAGUCAACCAGCUCUCUCCCUGGACCUUCUGGGUCUCAGUCAGGGGAGGGAUCUGGGAGAGGAGGUGGGGACCUGCAGGAUGAAGAAGGUGAGCACAGGACAGAAGCAAGCCCAGAAGAUCCUCGGGAUUCACAGGACUCUUCUAGAUGAGGGAUGCUGACAUAUUAGAUUGACCAGUCAGUGGCUGCUGAAGUCACACCUUUUUACCCACACACGCUUUCAUGUUUUUUAUACACACUCGUAAUUCUCUGAUCACAUCAUUUCUUUCAAUCCCCACCAACCACCUUUGGAGUGAGAGAUGUUUGUAUGCAGUGUUGGGACUUUUUUUUGUAGGUGUAGCCCUUGUAUCAAAAAAAGGACAUUGGAUAUCCAGUGGCACAAAAAUGACUGAAUACCACAAUGCACAUACUCACCCUGCAAACUUUUAAAUUCCCACACUUGAAUUAGCACUAUGUAUUAACCACCCUGGAGAAAGCCCCCGUUGACGCCAGUGAACGAAGGAUUAUUGUAUACAGCUGCAUUCAUUUGCCUUGAAUAAGAAAGGGUUCUAGUUUUGGACACAGAGACCUGCUUAACCCCUUCUGAGACUGUGAAAAGUCAGCAGUUUUGAAAAGAGGACAUAUGUUUUGAUAUUGUUUUUAUUAUGGUUAGAGGAGCGAAAGCCGUAAGCAUCUGCUAGAGGAACAACCUGUAUGUAUACUUAACUGUUGUUGUACUUGUCUUGUUUCUGCUGACAUUCGAGGGCUGGGCCCUCAACAGCUGAAAAUGAUUUGAUUUGAAAAGAGAAUUCAUUGCUAUGGACCUGGAAAGAUCAUUUGUCCAUUUUAUUGUAGACCUUCAGGAGAGGUCUACCAAAGGUGACUGAAAAAUUGACUGAAACUUAAGUGGACUUCUGGCAGUGCCAUCAUUCCUGCAAUCACCUGUCUGGCCAGGUCCUCCCUUCUUGCGACUGACCCUAGCACAUGCCAGUAGGUAGGAACCAAGCAUUCCUGUGCCUCUCAUUCGCGAAUUACAAAGGAAGGAGGUGGGUCAGAGUCAACGGGCACAUCCUGGCUCUCAGAGGUCAGGCUGUUAAGGCCUUAAUCCUCUAUUGCCAAGCGGUUUUAUUAACUUUUUUAAAAUAAUUUGAUUUAUAUUUAACAUUUGUCAUAUUCAGUUUGUUGUUGUACUAUUACUAUGGUUAUUAUUACUCCUCAUAUUGCAAUGAACCCUGAUCCUUAGUUCUGCUCUCAGUGCUGUCAGAUGUUUCCCUCAUCUGAUUUCUUGUACUAGUUUUUUUUUCCCUUUUUUUUUUUUUUUGUAAUCUAAUUUUGGAGGCAGGUGAGUGAUGCUGCUCCAUACCAGUUCCUCCAUUGUAGUCUUCCCUUGACUGGCCUCUCACCUCAGCAAGGACCUGCGUUGUUUUUAUUGUUAUUUCAAAGAAGACAAACACAACCUGGACCUUUAUAUCCUUUCAACAGUAAUAAGCCGUAGGUUUUUAGACAACCCUGUAUGCCUCUUUGUCCCUCGCUGAGUUCUAUACCCUCAACACUUGUACAUCUCCUUCCUCCACCUCUUUCCUUCCCUCCUUCCUCUCUGUCACUUUAUUGCUCUCUCCCAUCCUCCUUUUUAGACAGGUGGAGAGAAAACCGGGGGAAGUGAGGGGAGGGUACCAAAUCAAAGAGAGCUGGUAGGAUAUAAUACUGGUUGUGUCUUUGUGCAAGACUCGGUUGUGUUGUAAAUAAUUACUGUAGAGUCGGUAGACUCCUAUUAUUGAUAAGGAAAAAUCCAUCAUUGAACCUAAGUUGACUUUUGAGACACCCAUUACUCAAGACAAACACGUGAAUGGGGGAAAAAAAAAACAAUAAAUAUGGCUACUAAUGUUUUUGUGUUAUACUCCUUGUUUUGCUGUUCCAGUAUACAAGAGAGGAAUUUAUAUGAAUAAUUUAAGUUUGUAUCUGUACCUUUACGUAUGCAAAUAGGUGUUCAAUUAAAGUGAAUUUAUCGCUG